AUGACCAUUUUAAAAGCGAUGCUUGCUAAGAAGGGCAUUAAUGUGAUUCUCAUAAGUCGUUCACUAUCUAAAUUAGAAGCUGUAGCUAAAGAAUUAACUGAUGCUUAUAAAGUUCAAAUAAAAAUCAUCGACAUUGAUUUCAAAGAUGGUCCCCAAAUAUAUCAGAAAAUUGAAAAGAAUAUUACAGGUCUUGAUAUUGGCGUACUUGUUAAUAAUGUUGGCAUCAGUUAUUUAUAUCCAGAAUUUUUUAUCGAGUAUAUUACUCGUUACCCACAAUUCUUACGUGAUAUUAUAUCAGUCAAUAUACAUUCAGUUACUAAUAUGUGUGGUCUAGUGCUUCCCAAUAUGAUUGCGAAGAAAAAAGGUGUUAUCAUUAACGUAUCAUCCUUUUUUGCAGUAAUAGCCUCUCCUUUAUUAAGUGUGUAUAGCGGCACAAAGGCAUUUGUGGAUAAAUUCAGUGAAGACUUACAAACAGAAUAUCAGAGUCAAGGAAUUAUAGUGCAAAGUUUACGACCGAGUUUUGUCAUAACAAAUAUGACGCAUAAUCUCAAGCUUAACUUAUUCGCUCCAUCCGCAGAAGUAUAUGUAGAUUCUGCUUUGAAAACUGUUGGUAUUGCUGGUAAAACGAAUGGUUACUUUCCACAUGCAUUAUUGGCACUUUUUGCUUAUUUGAGCGGUAAUUAUAUCACUAAAAUUGUGCAUUUCAAAGAAUUUUUAAGAAUAAAAUCUCUUCUGUCUAAAUCAGAAAAAGAGAUAUAAUUCCGUAAUUUCGUAAGAAAACCACUGCAUUA